AUGGUGGAAGAAUCAGAUUUUGAUGUAGGUGAUCCAGCAUUAUUGGCAUUUUCUGAUGAAGAUGAUGUGUUUGUAGAUACAACAGAUAGCAACAGCAGUGGCAAUGACAAAGAUUGUGCUGAUAAUUUUGAUGGGAAUGACGAGAAGUCCUGUGGUCCGGUUGCAGACUUUGCCCCUCCCAACGCCCCCUGCCCCUCCCCUCGUGUCCUAGCCCCUCCCAACGCCCCCUGCCCCUCCCCUCGUGUUCUCGCCCUCCCCUCGUGUUCUCGCCCCACCCAACGCCCCCUGCCCCUCCCCUCGUGUUCUCGCCCCCUCCCCUCGUCUUCUGACCCCUUCCCUCGUGUUCUCGCCCCUCCCAACGCCCCCUGCGCCUCCCCUCGUGUCCUCGCCCCUCCCAACGCCCCCUGCCCCUCCCCUCGUGUCCUCGCCCCUCCCAACGCCCCCUGCCCCUCUCCUCGUGUCCUCGCCCCUCCCAACGCCCCCUGCCCCUCCCCUCGUGUCCUCGCCCCUCCCAACGCCCCCUGCCCCUCCCCUCGUGUCCUAGCCCCUCUCAACGCCCCCUGCCCCUCUCAACGCCCCCUGCCCCUCUCAACGCCCCCUGCCCCUCUCAACGCCCCCUGCCCCUCUCAACGCCCCCUGCCCCUCUCAACGCCCCCUGCCCCUCUCAACGCCCCCUGCCCCUCUCAACGCCCCCUGCCCCUCUCAACGCCCCCUGCCCCUCUCAACGCCCCCUGCCCCUCUCAACGCCCCCUGCCCCUCUCAACGCCCCCUGCCCCUCUCAACGCCCCCUGCCCCUCUCAACGCCCCCUGCCCCUCUCAACGCCCCCUGCCCCUCUCAACGCCCCCUGCCCCUCUCAACGCCCCCUGCCCCUCUCAACGCCCCCUGCCCCUCUCAACGCCCCCUGCCCCUCUCAACGCCCCCUGCCCCUCUCAACGCCCCCUGCCCCUCUCAACGCCCCCUGCCCCUCUCAACGCCCCCUGCCCCUCUCAACGCCCCCUGCCCCUCUCAACGCCCCCUGCCCCUCUCAACGCCCCCUGCCCCUCUCAACGCCCCCUGCCCCUCUCAACGCCCCCUGCCCCUCUCAACGCCCCCUGCCCCUCUCAACGCCCCCUGCCCCUCUCAACGCCCCCUGCCCCUCUCAACGCCCCCUGCCCCUCUCAACGCCCCCUGCCCCUCUCAACGCCCCCUGCCCCUCUCAACGCCCCCUGCCCCUCUCAACGCCCCCUGCCCCUCUCAACGCCCCCUGCCCCUCUCAACGCCCCCUGCCCCUCUCAACGCCCCCUGCCCCUCUCAACGCCCCCUGCCCCUCUCAACGCCCCCUGCCCCUCUCAACGCCCCCUGCCCCUCUCAACGCCCCCUGCCCCUCUCAACGCCCCCUGCCCCUCUCAACGCCCCCUGCCCCUCUCAACGUCAUGGAAGCCCCAGCCACAGAAGGAGAUGGUGAAGGAGAAGGAGAAGGAAGCAUUAGUUUCCCUUUCGAUGUAACAGAAAUGGAGGAGGUGACAUCUGCCACGCCCCCACAAGACAUUGUGGAAGUGGAAACCACUCCAGUCAUCUCUGUGCCUCCACAUGAAAGUGGAUCUGCAACCGUGUCACCUUGUGCCACUCCAAGUCCGAGUGGAAGAGGUAGAUCAAGUGCACUGAAGAGAGCCAGGAGAGACCCGGAUGAGGACCGAGAAGGUCUUUUACAAACAUUAAGAAAAGUUGGCGACAGUUUAGCAGGCAGAAAAAGGGAUCAGUUUACCCACUUGGGUGACUUUGUCGCCAAUAAACUCAGUUUUCUUUAUGAAAAUGGCCAUACUAGAAUUAUGGCAAGACUUGAGAACGGAAUAUACAGAUGUUUGCAGGAGGCAAACGAUGAACUAAUAGAUGCAAAUGCAACAUAA